AUGUUACUUAAUUCUACAACUAUUGCUUAUACUGAUUAGAAUGAUCAAUGUUUGAAGAUACUAGACAUUGAAAAACGAGAAUAACUUUACAGUAUUAAAUUAUCAUAAGAAUCACAUAUAUUUGCUGUGUAGGAGUUUGACUAUGAAAUGAAUCCAUUUGCUUUUGUAAAAGAUGAGGAGAAGAUAUCAUUGAUAAAUAUGAGAAACUGCAAGAUCGUCAAAGUUAUUGAUUCUAAGUAUGGUGAAUGGGAUAAGUAGGGUAGUUUGAUAAAUAUCAGAAUUUCAAAAGAGUAAACAGAAUAGACCUACAGACUCUUUGAUGUUUAAAGAUACGACACAUUUGGUUAGAUAGUUGAUAAGUUAGUUAAAAAACUCUUUAUUACUUAAAAAGAUAAAUGCAAUGCAUCUGCUAAGAUAAGAGAAAUUACGAUUAAACUACCUUGA